UGUAGUUUUAUUGGAUUUUAUUUAUAAGUAGAAGUUUUUUUAAAAUCCUACUUCGUAUGUUUUAGAAAUAUAUAAUAGAAGAAAUUCCAUGAAAUACUAAACAAAGGUUAUGAAAGUUAAGUAUGAGUUUUGUUUUACAAACACUCAAUCAAAAAUCAGAAGUUGACAAUGUUAUCAAAAGUGUAGCUGAAAAAGUGCUUGUGUUAAGGUUUGGUCGUGAAAAUGAUCCUGGUUGUUUACAGUGUGAUGAUAUUUUGGCGAAAACUGCUCAAAAAUUAAGAAAUAUGGCGGAAAUAUACUUAGUUGAUGUAGAUAAAGUUCCUGUGUAUACACAAUACUUCGAUGUGUCGCUUAUUCCUGCCACAGUGUUCUUUUUUAAUGGCCAACACAUGAAAGUUGACAAUGGAACACAAGAUCACACCAAAUUUAUUGGACCAUUUGCUACAAAACAAGAUUUUAUUGAUUUGGUGGAAGUGAUAUAUCGUGGUGCAAUGAAGGGAAAACUUAUUGUGGCAUCACCUAUCGAUCCUAAAAAUGUUCCUAAAUAUAAUUUAAUAUACAAUGAUAUUUGAGUACAGUAAAUACGUGAUUAAAUAUUUAUCAA